AUGACCACUGCCCACAGGCCGACGUUUGAUCCAGCUCGAGGCAAGGAAGCCGCGCGCGGCGAAGCCUACCACCAGCGCCUGCUACCCGCGCACAAGACGCUCAAGUUCCGACAAGCGACACAAGGCGCCCCAUCAGAGCAAGCGAAGCGCGACCUGAAGGCGGAGCUGCUAAAGAAAGAGUCAAAGUACUACGCGAAGAAGGAGGGUCGAGAGAUUGCGGAGGAGGAUGAGGAGACGGUGGACGACCGGGAGCCUCUGCGAAUCGAGGAUGGCGAGGACUCAGCUGGUGGCGUGAAGCGGAAAUUGGAAGAUGUAGGAGACCAGACGGCGGAUGAGGAACCCGAAGAGGACUACGAGGCGAAGAAGCGACGGGUAUUGGAAGAGACGAAGGACAUCGAUGCAGACUCAGAAUCCUCAGAGGAGUCAGAUUCGGAAUCAGAAGACGAGGAUGAAGAGGAUGAGUCGGCAGUGCUGAUGCGGGAGCUCGCCAAAAUCAAAGCAGAACGUGCAGAGGCAGCGGCAAAAGCUGCAGCAGAGCAAGCUAAGAAGGACGAGGAGCAGCGGGAGAAGGACAUAGCUCUGGGCAAUCCUUUACUGAAUCCCAAGAAGGAAGAGUAUGGGGUGAAGCGGAGGUGGGAUGACGAUGUGGUCUUUAAGAACCAGGCGAGAGGUACAGAGGAGAGGGGGAAGGAGAAGCGGUUCGUGAACGACUUGCUACGGAGUGACUUUCACAGGCGGUUCAUGGACAAGUAUGUGAGGUAG